GAUAAAAAAUGGCGAAAUCUUCAUCAAGACGAGUGUAAAACUUAAUAUUUACAGUCUAUGGUGUAGGAACAGCAAAAGGAUGUUUGAAUUUUAAAUGAUACCAUAACACUCCUGUCUGUGUCCAGUCGUUUGCUUAAUUUGAACAGUUUACCUCCUUUAUGACAGGACUAGCCUCAGUCUAGAACUACAGAUUCUGACCGGAAGAAGUGUUUUCUGUGCAUGACAGAAGCCAUGAGACUUCUUCUCCUUCGAUCCUUUUCUACUGUUAGGACUUUAUUCCGUCAGAGGCCACCAGUCAACCCGCAGAGGCAGCGAGGCGUAAGUGGUUUAGCAAUGCGUCUGGUGCAGUUCCAAAGACAUGGUGAUGCAGGAAACAUCAGGGUGGGGGUGGAGCUCGGUGAGGGGCUUGGCGUGGUGGAUCUGAAGGCGUUCGACCCCUCAAUGCCCUCAACGAUGAGAGCGCUGCUGGAGCUGGGAGACGAGGGUCUGCAGUGUGCACAGAGGGCCUUGUCGUCCGGUCAGUGUGUGGUGGAGCGAUCAGACGUCCAGCUGCUGUCUCCUGUGUUGGCUCCAGAGAAGGUGGUGUGUGUGGGUAUGAACUACAGAGACCACUGUCUGGAGCAAAACGCCCCCAUCCCCAAAGAGCCGAUCAUCUUCAGCAAAUUCCCCAGCGCCAUCACUGGGCCGUAUGACGACAUUCUGCUGCCCUCAGAGAGCCAGGAGGUGGACUGGGAGGUGGAACUGGCCUUUGUGAUUGGACGAAGAGGAAAACACAUCAAGGAGGAAGACGCUCUCUCCUAUGUGGCGGGGUUCACUGUGGCCAAUGACGUCAGUGCGCGGGACUGGCAGAUGAAACGCAACGGGAAGCAGUGGCUGCUGGGGAAGACGUUCGACAGCUUCUGUCCUCUUGGCCCUGCAUUAGUGACCACUGACGCUGUGAAAGAUCCUCACAACCUGGGCGUCCGCUGUCUGGUUAACGGAGACACUGUCCAGAGCAGCAACACGGACCAGAUGAUCUUCAAAACGGAGGCGCUGGUCGCCUGGGUUUCAAAGUUUGUGACAUUGACUCCAGGUGAUGUGUUUCUGACCGGGACGCCCCCGGGCGUGGGCGUGUUCAGAAAGCCACCGGUCUUCCUCAAGAAGGGAGAUGUUGUGGAGUGCCAAAUAGACCGGAUAGGAUCCAUCAUCAACAAAGUGGUCUAAACUCUGCUGCUGCUGAAAAACACCAACAGACCGUUCAGGAUUAAUCAAACUGCACCACUGAUCGACUGCUGCUUCACACCGCUGCCCAGAUGAUUCGUCUCUUGUUUCCUGACAGAAUUUGUGAAAACCAGCGGCAAAUGUAUUAAAAUAUUUGAUCCGUGACAAAAGUUUUCUUAAUGACAAUCAGGGCGUAGAAAACAUGGUGGAAGUACUCCAUAAAACAGUGUAAUUGUGUGACUCAAUGUGUUGUUUGUGCUGCUCAGCCCUGUUUACUGAGUCAUCGCCAGAUUUAAAAAUACACCCUGAUCAGAAGCCACCUACUCAUGCCAUACAGCAGGGUGCUGUGAAGCCCCUAACCCUUUUUUUACAUGUACUAAAUAAAAAUGUUUAAGAUUCUCAGAUUAAUGCUCUACCAGUUCAGAUGAUUUAAACUGCCACCUCUCAUCAGAAAAUGAGUAGAUCCCCGGCGAUAAUAAGAAUUCAUUAAAUAGAAAAUGUGGCGUCA